AGUAUAAUAUAGGGAGGGCAAAGGUUGAAGUGCGUGGAUAUUCCCAGCAGCAUUAAAAAGAGAAGUGCCAUUAAAACAAUAUAUGAUAAUUCAUUGAGUCAGGGGAGAGAAAGGGUGUGUGUCUACAAAAAGAAACGAAAGACAAAGGUGAUUUUUAGACUGUAGUGUGUCAGCAGAGAGCCCCAUUAAGCUUUCGGCACUGCUUGAGCUGGUUUCAUCAUGAGAGGAAUUGUGGUGUUGCUGUCUCUGUGUCACUUUGUGGCUCUUGUGUGGGGAACCUCAACUUCAAUGCCUAUACCGGUUUCAACAUCUAUUGCUACCACUAAAACCACAGGACUACCCACCCCACCAUCGCUUACUAAUGUUGACACGGUCUCUGUAACAAAUCGCACUGAGACGACACUAACAUUGGAAUGGAAUAAAGUAAACAACAACAGCAAUUACAUUUACACACUAAGCUACAAUAGCCAGAAUAAAAGUAUCAAUGGAUCAAUGGAAAGUCCUGUAGUGACAUACAGAGUCAUAAAUCUUACUGCUGGGACUGAAUACAACUUCAUUCUCUACACUGUAUUUGGAGAAGCUCUGAGCACUGGAUACAACUUUACCGAAGUCACUACUCCCCAAAGUGUUACCAACAUUACUGUAAAGAAUCGCAAUGAGACUGCAUUAAUACUGGAAUGGAAUAAAGUAAACAACAACAGCAAUUACAGUUACACACUGAGCUACAACAGUCAGAACACCAGCAUCAAUGGAUCGGAAGAAGGUUCUGCAGUGACAUACACAGUCUUAGAUCUAACUGCUGGGACUGAAUACGUCUUCAUUCUCUACACUGUAUUUAAAGGACUUCAGAGCAUGGGCCACAGUUUUACCACUGUCACUACUCCCCAAAGUGUUACCAACAUUACUGUAAAGAAUCGCAAUGAGACUGCAUUAAUACUGGAAUGGAAUAAAGUAAACAACAACAACAAUUACAGUUACACACUGAGCUACAACAGUCAGAACACCAGCAUCAAUGGAUCGGAAGAAGGUUCUGCAGUGACAUACACAGUCUUAGAUCUAACUGCUGGGACUGAAUACAUCUUCAUUCUCUACACUGUAUUUAAAGGACUUCAGAGCAUGGGCCACAGUUUUACCACUGUCACUACUCCCCAAAGUGUUACCAACAUUACUGUAAAGAAUCGCAAUGAGACUGCAUUAAUAUUAGAAUGGAAUAAAGCAAACAACAACAACAAUUACAGUUACACACUGAGCUACAACAGUCAGAGCACCAGCAUCAAUGGAUCGGAAGAAGGUUCUGCAGUGACAUACACAGUCUUAGAUCUAACUGCUGGGACUGAAUACGUCUUCAUUCUCCACACUGUAUUUAAAGGACUUCAGAGCAUGGGCCACAGUUUUACCACUGUCACGACUCCCCAAAGUGUUACCAACAUUACUGUAAAGAAUCGCAAUGAGACUGCAUUAAUACUGGAAUGGAAUAAAGUAAACAACAACAACAAUUACAGUUACACACUGAGCUACAACAGUCAGAACACCAGCAUCAAUGGAUCAGAAGAAGGUGUUGCAGUGACCUACACAGUCCCUGAUCUUACUGCUGGGACUGAAUACACCUUUACUCUCUACACUGUAUUUAAGGGAGUGGAAAGCAGAGCCUACCACAUUACAAGUGUCACUGUUCCAAAUAGUGUCACUGGGUUACACUGUCAGUAUUCAUCAGGGGGCUAUGGUCUAACUCUUGUUUGGGAUCCUCCAAAUGGCGGGAGGACAUUUGUACAGGUCAACAUGAGCAGCAAAAGCUUUAGUCACAUAGGGGAAAGACUGUAUAUCGAUGGACUACUGCCUGCCCAGUGGUACACCCUUACUGUGUCCGCACUCUUUGGGCCUAUGCAGAGUGUCCCAGUUUCAAUCACCUGUCAGACUGACCCAAGAGGAGUCAUAGCAGGUGUUCUAACAUCCCUCCUGCUGGCCAUUCUGAUCCUCUGUAUUGGUAUCUAUAUAUGGCAUCACAAGCCAGAGCUAUACAGCAGGUUUAAAUCCUCUAAUGAGACCGAACUGUCCAGUAAUAAGUACAAACCAAUUCACCUGAAGAAGUUUCCAAUGCACUUUAGCUCCAUGAGUUGUGAUCAGAACCGUGGUUUCAGUGAGGAAUAUGAGGAUUUAAGUACAGUGGGUACAGAUCAGAGUUGUACAGUUGCUACACUUCCUGAAAACAAGAGCAAGAACCGAUUUACCAAUGUACUGCCCUAUGAUAUAUCUCGUGUGAAGCUUGCUGCACAGACUGGCUCUGAUUUGGACUACAUCAAUGCUAACUACAUUCAUGGUUAUGGCAAGAAAAACAAGCAGUACAUUGCUGCUCAGGGUCCUCUCCCCUCCACUGUCAGUGACUUCUGGAGAAUGGUGUGGGAGCAGAAGUCCUCAGCCAUUGUCAUGCUGACCAACUGUACUGAGGGAGGAAGGAUUAAAUGUGAGCAUUAUUGGCCAGUGGACGACAUGCCCUGCCUCUAUGGAAACCUGCGGGUCUCUGUCCAGUCAGAGCAGAAAGAGAGUUGCUGGACUCGACGAGAAUUUGUUGUCAGAAAUGAAUCUACCUCUGAGGAGCGUGGAGUAACACAUUUCCAUUUCACAGCAUGGCCUGAUCAUGGAGUUCCUAAAGGAACAGAAGAGUUGAUUCAGUUCCGUUGGAUUGUUCGUCAGCACAUCGAGACCUUCCCGUUUAGUGGACCUACCGUGGUACAUUGCAGUGCUGGAGUGGGUAGGACAGGUACUCUAAUUGCCCUUGAUUUGUUACUGCAGCAGAUGGACAAAGAGGAAGUGGUCAGCAUUGCUGACUGUGUACGUUGCAUGAGGCUUUCCCGGCCUCUCAUGGUACAGACUCAGUCUCAGUAUGUGUUCCUGCACCAGUGCAUCAUGGAUUCUCUGCUGCCCAAAGAGGACUCCAUUCCUGAGCCUAUAUAUGAAAAUUCUGAUAUGAUCUACACUAAUGCACUGGUUCUAAGAGAGUAUAAGGCAGACAACCCAGGAGUCUAAACACACACACAGGCUCUCAUAGCAUUGCCUGCCAAAACAGUACAACAAUACCACAUCAUUGCUCUUGUAAUAAUAAUUUAUAUUUCCAGCAGAUACCCAAAGGAAUACGAGCCAAUUCCACCCACUUCUGCAACAUAUUGGUUGGGAUUCCACGCCAGUGCACACUGUAGACCUGGGUUCUUUGCCAGUCCACUCCAGAAAUACAUAUUGAUCUACUUUUUUUCUAAAUAUUAAACUGUAUUUUCAUUCAAAUGAAAAUACAGAUUUUAAAUCAAAUAUUAAUAUCUGCAUUUUCAUUCAAAUGUAAUUUCAUUUAAUGGAGAAUUCAAAAGUUUUAGUAUGCUUAAUUAUGUUGGCUUGACAGAGCCAACAUACUGUUCUCCAUAAUCAUCAUCAUAUUAUUAUUCUAUUUAAAAAAUUUGUAUUGUUUUCAUGGGUCGCAAUUUUUGAUGUAGAAACAAGAAAUUCAGCACAGAAUUAGAUCCCAUAUGGGAAUGAGGUACUUGUGCUUUUGGUAAAGGUUGGAAUUAUAGUUGCCGCAUAGCAACACUCCAAAUCCAAAAUGGAUCAUUUGUCCACAGGGAAGACUUUAUGCAGGCCAAACCAUAGGAGCUACAGACAUGAAACUCGAUCAUUAUGUAGCAACCACUUGGAAUAUCAUAACAACCAACUGGAAUAGCAAAGUAACAACUUAGCAACACCCUUGAAAUUACCUUUAAUAAUAAAUCAACCAUGUCAACUGGGAUAUCAUAGCAACCACCUAGCAUCAUCCUAGCACCCACCUGGGAUAGUAUAGCAGCUCCUUAGCAACACCCUAGCAACCAAUUGGGUUUGCAUAGCAAUCAUCUAGCAAGGCCAUAGCAACCAAGGGUUGCUGGGCUAGCAUAGCAAUGUUUUAACAAUUUGGCAUUUGAAAACUUUAAUGCUUUAAUCUUUAAACAUGUUCUGUCCUUUUAAUGUUUCAACAUUUUAAAAGUUUGAAACUGAGCUUUAAACAUAAUUUUGACCAUUAUAAGCUUUUAGCCUUUUAACCUUUACUCGUUUAACUGUUAAACUUAACAUUUAAAAAUCAGUAACAACACAUUUAACUCUGUCAAGCCACCAUCAAAGCUUAUCCAUGAACUUUAAUCUUCUAGUUCCUGAUGUAUGAUUAAUCUGAUUGUGAAAUAUAGAUCUGAUUUACAGCUGAAUAACUUGGAUCAUAAUAAAGUGUCUCACAUACAUUAGCACCAGAUCAUACUGGCACAAGGUUUCUUCUGCACAUGAUUAUUGGGCAAAAAUUAAAUGUAAGUAAUUUCCCUCCCAACCCAAAUGAGGUUGAUUGACAAAGGCAAGUUUUAUGUUGGAACAUCAAGCCUAAUGUGGGUAAAAAGCAAGCAAGACUUCUAACUACCAAAUUAGCAUAAUUCAAACAACAUUCCUAAAUCAUCAUGCACUAUUUGGGGUGAGGGAGAAAUUAUGUAACUUUCAUUAUUGCUCAUUGCUCAAUCAAAAAGGAGACAUAAUGCAACAUUAUGCAAUGUUUUUAUUAUAAAAACAAGGAAACAGCAAGUAUAAGAAAUUUAAUAUAACAAAAUUGACCUUUUUUAUUCAAAGAAAAUAAAAGCAGCUGUGAGUUAAAGGCUUUUCACUGUUCCUGGUUAAAUGUGUUCCAAUGUAUUUUUUUCUUAUUUAUUUACUUACUUACUUAUUUAGUUUUAAUUAUUAUUCAGCUUACUGAACUAGAUUAAGAUAGAUAAGCCUGUGUUAGCAGAUUUGUAAACAACAAUCACCAGUAUCUUUUGGGACAUUCAAAGGAGAGAAAUUUUCUAAUAAUGUAGCACCUGGGUUGGUUUUUGAGCCCAGAGUACUGUGAGACAGGUGUUCCUGUGGUGACUGCACUGAGUUGUAGUUUCUCUGGGUUCUGCCAACACUGAGACUUUUUCAAGUCAAUUAAAAGUGCAUGUUAAUAAACUGAAUCAAUAGAGAGCCUCUUUCUAUUGUACAAUAAUUUUAAAGACUAUAUCAAGUUGUUGUUCCUCUUUUGGCUGCCCCCAUUAGGGGUCACCAAAGCAGAUCAU